GAAUCAGUGGCUACAUGGUGUGGCUAGCCACACACAAGAUGCACUACAAAUAUUAUUUAUUUUUAUUUAUUAUUUUUUUUUAUAAAUGAAUGUUGAGUAUUUUAUAAAGAAUGAAGUACUCCGUAUAUAAUUAUUCAAACAUAUUUGAAUGAAAAAAUAUUUACUCGUAUUAGUAAAGUGGGUAAAGCAAAAUAAUUGGAAAAGUAAUGACAUUUGUCGUUGGUAUUUGAACGAGAAAGAAAAUUCAAAAAGACAAUCACGGCUAAAAAAAAAAGUUGAAUUCCACUCUCUUCUCAUUUCUCCUUCAUUCCAACACCCUCCCUUUUUUUCCCUACAAAUCAACAAAAUCACCGUUUUCCGAUCCCCAAAUCUUCAAUUUGCCGCCAUGGAAGACAGUAAACUCGCCGCCGAUGCGACUCACUCCGUUCCCUUAGACGAGGUAGUGUUGCAUCACGAGGUUGAUCUCAAAGACGAACCCAAAAAGUCGCCGGAAAAUGACGUCACUCUUGACGUCACCGGAUCGCCGGAGGGUAAAUCCAAGGCGGCCAAAUCGGUUAAGUGGAGCGAACAAUUGGUGUCUGAAUCGACUUAUACACCUUCAAUUGAACCUGAUUCUUCGCCCAAUUCUCACUCUUCUCGUGGAUCUAGCCCUUACAUCUCGCAUUCGUCUUCUCCUUCUCUCUCAUCUGAACCCACUUUUAAAGAAAAGAUGGAUACGAUGAAGAAUGUGUUGGGAAGAUGGGGGAAGAAUGUCAAGGAAGCUGCUAAAAAAGCUGAGGAUUACGCCGGCAAUACCUGGCAGCAUUUAAAAACAAGUCCUAGUUUUGCUGAUGCUGCCAUUGGAAGAAUUGUACACAGCACUAAAGUUCUAGCUGAGGGAGGUUACGAAAAAAUCUUUCGUCAAACGUUUGACACAGUUCCUGAGGAGCAGGUUCAGGAUUGUUAUGCAUGUUACUUGUCUACAUCAGCAGGCCCGGUGAUGGGAACAUUAUAUGUAUCUACAGCCAAGCUUGCCUUUUGUAGUGAUAAUCCUCUUCCUUACAAAAAUGGUGAUCAGAAUGAAUGGAGUUACUAUAAGGUAAUCAUUCCAUUGCAUCAGCUUAAAGCAGUUAAUCCUUCUUCAAGCCGGGUAAAUACAGCUGAGAAAUAUAUCCAGAUAAUUUCUGUUGACAACCAUGAAUUUUGGUACAUGGGUUUCUUAGAUUAUGAUAAUGCUGUGAACAUUCUUCAAGGAGCUUUGCAAUCCAGGGAUAUGCAAUCUGUAUGAGACUCCCUUCUUGAUGAAGAAGCCUCUUGACAUUUUAAGACGUGCUUCAAGUUGCCUAUAAAUCUUGUUAUCUAUGCCCUGCACUGCUGGAAGAGCAUUAAGAGACAUGUCCAGAUAAGUGACCGUACCCUUCUCCGGUCUCAUUAAUAUUUUCUUAUGCUCGUGAUCAUAGGUUUGACGAUUUAGUAGUUUAUGUGAUUCUUUUGGGAGGAUAGAAAAUCUAUUAACUAUAUAUACUUGUUCGAGACCAGAUGGUUGUAAUUUUGCACUGUGCAACUUACCUGGCUAUAGUAGUAUGAAUAGCGUUUUUUUAACUACUGCAUAUGUUUUGGUGCCUGACUGGCUGUGAAAAAGCUUUAGAGCUUGAAUUGGCAUGCCUCAAGGAAAUUUACUUUAGUACUUGUAUGAGCCAUGAGGCAUGCCAACCCAAGUUCUCGAACUUCGCUGCCCCAAAGUUGUGAUUAAUAGAAAUUUAACUGCUCUAUGGUGGAAUCGCUUAUUUCCUUUGCUACCUACAGACUAUGUUUCAAAAUAAAACUUCGUACAUCAGAUGUAAUGUGAUUGUGAAAAUUUGUAUA